GAGAGCCGUUCAACUUCACAUAUGGGUCCGGUGAUCAAACAUUUUGUGGUUCCUAAUGUUACAAUUGAUGAAAUCAAAUAUUCAAAUAUCUACUAUAUAUUUUCAUGUAUAACAAUAUGGUUUACUAUAUAUUGAUAUAAUUCAGCUCAUGUUAUAGUAUAUUUGAUUACCCCAUUUUGUUUAGCUACCUAUUUCAAGUUAUAUGGUGGGGUCUAACUCUAACCAAAUCAUGGUUGCUGAUGGAAUGAUUUUGAUGUAAGAUUAUGAAGACUAGGAAGGGAAAGCGUUCUGAGGCCUUUUGGCCAUCCAUUGUGAUGAAGAAAUGGUUGAAUAUAAAGCCAACGGUGUACGAUUUUAGUGAAGAUGAGGUCGAGACUGAAACCGAAACCGAGAGUGAAGAUGAUGCUUAUUCCAUUAAAGAUUCAAGAUUGAAUGGUGGUGAGGAUUAUAUCCACAGCACACUGCAAAACCAAGAUUGCAGCAGCCAAAUUUCAGAUUCGUCAUCUACGGUUUAUCGGUUAAGGCACCGGAGGGGAAAAUCAGAAACUCUGCGCUUACAGUACAUAAACACAAAGGAUGUGAGGGUGACAAUAGGCACUUGGAAUGUUGCUGGAAGACUUCCAUGUGAUGAUCUUAUCAUUGAUGACUGGCUUUGCACCGAACAGCUAGCAGAUAUUUACAUUAUCGGGUUCCAGGAGGUGGUCCCUUUGAAUGCUGGACAUGUACUGGGGGCUGAGGAUAACAGGCCAAUUCCUAAAUGGGAAGCAAUAAUUAGAAGAACUCUGAACAAAUCUUUGAAACCUGAAAGCAAACAUAAAUGCCAUAGUGCCCCAUCUUCUCCUGUGUUACGGACGUGUUCUGUUGCAGAUGCAUUAGCAGAUGAGAUAGCUGCCCUGCCAUUGGAGUAUUUGGAGACUGCUAAUGACUAUGUCUGGCCUGAACAUUCAUUAGAGGAAACCCCAAAACUGGGGACAGCAUUGAGCAGCUCAACAAGAAUUGGGUUUAAUCUGACAGACAAUUUCACCACCUGCAACCCUCAUGAUGUGGGGUUAAAAGGGAGCCGAUUGAGAAGAUCACACCAUAGUUCUGAAAACUUGGGUUCAAUUUGUGUGCAAGAGGAACAGAAGCUGGAACAGGUUGUUGAUUCCUUCUCCGAAAUAUCUGAUGAGUUUUCUGAAGAAGAGGAUGAUAGUUUCUUGGAAGCAGCAAUCGAGGAACAUGGCAAUGAUAGGGGAAGAUCAAGGACAAAGUACGUGCGAAUAGUGAGCAAGCAAAUGGUUGGAAUCUACGUAUCUGUAUGGGUGAGAAAGAGGCUGAGGAAACAUGUUAACAAUUUGAAAGUCUCUCCUGUUGGUGUUGGUCUUAUGGGCUACAUGGGAAACAAGGGAUCUGUUUCUGUUAGCAUGACUCUAUUCCAAUCCAGGCUGUGCUUUGUGUGUUCGCAUUUGACAUCAGGUCAUAAAGAUGGAGCUGAACAAAGACGCAACGCCGAUGUGUACGAAAUUAUCCGACGAACACGUUUCUCAUCCGUCAUUGAUACAGAUCAAUCACAAACAAUCCCAUCUCACGAUCAGAUAUUUUGGUUUGGGGAUCUGAACUAUCGUCUUAGCAUGUCGGACACUAAGGUGAGAAAGCUUGUUGCUCUAAAGCGCUGGGACGAACUACUCAACAAUGAUCAGCUUCAUAAUGAACUGCAUAGCGGGCACAUUUUCAAUGGAUGGAAAGAAGGGGUCAUAGACUUUCCUCCUACCUACAAGUAUGAAAUGAAUUCUAAUAGAUAUGUUGGCGAGAACCCUAAAGAAGGGGAGAAGAAGAGAUCUCCGGCAUGGUGUGAUCGUAUACUCUGGUAUGGUAAAGGCAUAAAACAACUUUGUUAUCAACGAGCAGAAAUAAGACUCUCCGAUCAUCGACCUGUCAGUUCAAUGUUUUUACUCGAAGUUGAAGUCUUGGACCAUCGGAAGUUGCAGAGGGCUCUCAAUGUUAGCACAGCUGCCGUCCAUCCUGAGAUUUUCUUUGAUGAAAAUGAAGACUUAGAGCUUUAGCAUAAACCAGGCAAUCAACCUCAAGAAUCAAAGAGUUACUAAGCAAACAAGCGCCUUGACUGUUCUGCUCUGUGUCCAGCAAGUGUCGAGACUCCCUUCUUUUCCUGUUCUGUCACCACAUUUGCAUUCUCACACUACCCGUUGCUGUGUUCCAUGUCGCUUUGCCAUCUUUGCCUCGCUGUGGAUCAUCACCUCCAACAUAAAUGUAGGACUUCAUUCAUUGACUCAUCAAUUGCCCUCCAAAAGCAUAAAAUAAAGUAUAGCUUGCAGAUACUUAUUAAUUUCUCAUUCCCUCUAGUCGAACCAGUAUUUCGACCAUGUGCUCUUAGGCAGCAGAUUUUGUUGUACCAUAACAGUUGUUGGCAUACCAUAAUCUGCAUGCCUUUGUUUACGAGAUCAUUCUUUUUAUAAAAAGACUUUUAACGAA